CCCGUGUUUUUUACAGGUAUCCCACAGACUACGUGCCGACAGACAUGAGCGAUCCCUGUUAAAGUAAAGAAGGAGGUCUCCUGAGCCAUUCAAAGCACUGACAGACGGCUGAGGGAGCCUGCGAUGGUAAAGAUGCUCACGAGAAGCUUGUUCCUGGCCUUCUUCUCCGUUGUUAUUUUUGCGCCGGUGGACGCUCAGUAUGAGAAGUACAGCUUUAAAAGUUUCCCUCAGAAGGACAUCAUGCCCCUGGAAUCCGCGUACAACUACGCGAUGGAGCAAUACGGAGCGCAAAACUGGGCAGAAAGCAUCAAGUACCUGGAGCUGAGCCUGCGGCUCCACCGGCUCCUCCGGGACAGCGAGGCUUUCUGCUGCAGCAACUGCAGCUCCGUCAGCCGGGACAACGACACCCUGUUCGAGGAUAGCAGCCUCCGCGUCAUGCGCCACAUCCUGCUGAGAGCUGCUUGCCUUAAAAAGUGCAAGGCAGAUUUUCCAGUGUUUAAGCUCACAUAUCCACGGAGAGAUUUACUGGAAACUUUCGAGAAAAGGAUACCUUAUCGUUACAUACAGUAUGCAUACUUCCAGCUUAACAACCUGGAGAAGGCAGUGGCUGCAACUCACACCUUCCUGAAGAAGAACCCAGAUGAUGUCCUCUUAACCAAAAACAUGAACUACUACAAGACGCUGUUUGACGUGGAGGAAUAUCUCAUUGAUCACGAGGAGCAGCCAUAUGAAAGUGUUUUCUUGAAAAGUGUGACGCUCUACAACAACGGAGACUUCAGCAACAGUGCUAGAAACAUGGAGCAGGCCAUCACACAGUACUUUGAAGUAUACAACCUCUGUUUAUCUGGCUGCGACAGCUCAUAUGAGAUUGUGGAGUUCAAAGAUUUCUAUCCCAGCAUGGCGGAUCUCUAUAUAAAUGCUUUGAAAUGUAAAGUUAAAUGUGAGGAGAACCUGACACCCAGCGUUGGAGGCUUCUUUGUGGAGAAGUUUGUAGCUACUAUGUAUCACUACCUCCAGUUUUCUUAUUAUAAAUUGAAUGAUGUGAAGAACGCUGCUCCGUGUGCAGCUAGUUACAUGCUGUUCGACCCCAAAGACCAGGUGAUGCAGCAAAAUGUGGCGUAUUAUCGCUUCUACCGGGAGCAGUGGGGCCUCAACGAUAAUGAUUUUGAACCUCGGCCUGAGGCACUGAGGUACUUUAACCAGACGACCAAACAGAAAGAAAUGCUGGAGUUUGCUCUGAGCUACCUGCAAAUAGACGAUGAGGAAGUUGUAAGUCCAGAAGAAAUGACCACCUCUCGCUCAGAGCAUCCUGACACUGAGUUUGAGGGAAUAGGGGAUUAUGAGGAGUCCUUCCUGGCUAAUUGGUGGCAGGAACCCAAAACUAAGUGGGACACUGGAGAAGUCAUAGACUGACAUCUGUCUUUAUCUUCGAGCAGAACACUUUCACGUCCAACUCUGUCCCACCUCCCAUGAAAACAUGCCCAAAAUACGCUGAACCAUCUACAGACAAACAUCUAGAUUCAUAUCAGUUUUAUGCAAAAAAACAAAAACACAGAGCCCCCCUGGUGAUUGAUUGUGGGGAUUUCUUUUUUUCUGUUUUUUUCGACAAGAUUAAAAUUCACACCCUUGUUAGUGCAUGCACAGCCAUGAGUAAAUGACGUUUUGAGAUGAGACCAAAUCUUAAAUAUGCACGGUAACAAAAUAGAAAGCUACUUUUGUUAUCAGGGAAAAAUCAUGGAUAUAUUUGGAAAAAAAAUGUAUUCCUAACAUCAACAAAAGAGCACUGCACAGGCUAAAAAUAUCUUCCUAUCAACAGCGUGUUUGUUGAUGUUUUUGAGUGAUUAUGGAUGCUUCAGUAUACUUGUGCUGACUGCUAUAGGUUUAUAAAAGCUGUUUAUGCACUAUGGAUUUUUGUACUUUGUUACGUGACCUUUUUCUCUCCCCCUGAUCUCCCAGAGUGAGAAGCACUCUGUGUGUUUAGGGACCUCUUACUGCAGGAUAUCAAAUUUCAUCCAAGUUGCAUUAACUCAACCCAUGCUUCUUGUCACAGUUUGUCUUACCAGGGGGCUCUGUUUUUAUUUUAACUUAGUUGGUUAUUAAAUGGACACAAUUACCCAUCAUGAUGAUCAGUAUCAAAGACUAAUCAAUCAUUGGCCUCAAUGCUGAUAUUUGUCAAUGACUUUUCUACAGUUUUUAUUUACUGUUAUUUAAUGAAAGCUGUGAGGUGUGAUAUAAAAAGGCUGACAUGGUCCUUUUAUGUUGUUAUUUGUCAUCCACCAAUAAGAUAUUGGUAAUAAGACGCUUUUAAUUAAAAUAAUUUAAUGUUG